ACCAUUGUUUUAUCUUCUCUCUUUCUUUAUCCUAAUUUGAAUUUGGUGGAGAAAAUACGACCCACAGAUUGAGCUUGAAGAAGAACACUUCCCUGCAAAACUACCAUUCAAAUUCCAUCAAAUACCGGUAAUAUGGGCUCGUCGUCGGCGGAGAAUUACGAUGAACGCUGGAAAGACGUAUGGAACGGUUCUUACCGUAAAGCUGCCGACACUUCUGCUAAUGAAACAGAGCUAACUGAAACCUACUCUACAGCCGACCUUGAAAAUCAAAACAAGUUUGAUUCCACGACGCUCCGUACGCCGUCUCCUCCACCUCCACGGUCAUCGGAGUUAUCAAGGCUCACAGAGAGUCCAAAUAGCUACAUCCAGCUCACCCCAAAAGAGGUACGAGUUUCGUUUCAUGACGAAGUGACUGACCACCAACCGGUUCGGCAGCGGUCCAAUGCUAGCGGCCGCAGCGGCGGCAUUGGUCGUGGUGGUGAAGAUGUGGUAGUUUGUUCUUCAAAUGCUGCAUUUAAGAGAAAUUCGACUUUGCUGAGAACAAAGACGAAAUCGAGGUUGAUGGACCAACCGGAGAUUGACCAGAGAUCAUCGCAACAAAAAACACCAAAAGCAUCAGGGGUUCAAGGGAAAGGUGGUGAUAACAUCGAAGAAGAUGAUAUCUUCUUGGAUGAUGAUUUGCCAGAUGAAUACAAGAAUUUGAGGUAUAACAAAUGGACUUUACUUCAAUUAACCAGUCUGAUAUUAAUCAUUACUGCUUUAGCUUGCACACUUGCAAUCCCAGAUUUCAGAAACAAAAGCUUGUUUGAUCUCGAAUGGUGGAAAUGGGAGGUUAUGAUCUUAGUUGUGAUCUGCGGUCGUUUGGUUUCUGGGUGGGGGAUUAGAAUCAUAGUGUUCUUCAUCGAACGAAGCUUCUUGCUUCGAAAACGAGUUCUUUAUUUCGUAUACGGAUUAAAGAAAGCAGUUCAGAAUUGCAUUUGGUUGGCUUUGAUUCUAUUCGCUUGGCAACUAAUAUUCAACAAGAAAGUCGAAAGAAUGACCUACGGGAAGAAGGUUUUGCCAUAUGUCACCAAGAUUUGGGUAUGUCUUUUGGUGGGGACUGUGGUUUGGCUAUUGAAAACCUUGCUGAUUAAAGUUCUUGCUUCAAAUUUCCAUGUGAGCAAGUUUUUCGACCGGAUUCAGGACUCGUUAUUCAAUCAGUACGUGAUUGAAACGCUCUCCGGGCCACCUAUGAUCGAGAUUCAGCAAGAACAGGAGGAAGAAGAUAGAAUGAUAGCCGAGCUUGCGAACGCUGGGGUGGCAUUUUCAUCCCAAAUUAAGGCAAAUAUCUUCAAGGGUUGGAGAGCCAUCGGGACUCCGAGAACCAGUACUCCCAUGGAUGCUAAAAACGAAGCUACUAAGAAACACGAUGAAGGGAUUACAAUCGAUCAUUUGCAUCGAUUGAAUCAGAAGAACAUCUCUGCUUGGAAUAUGAACAGAAUGAUGAAUGUUAUAAACACAAGCAUGUUAUCGACUUUAGAUGAACAAUUGCAGGAUAUAACUGGUGAUGAAGAAGAUGAAGCUUCUGUGCAGAUAACCAGUGAAACCCAGGCCAAGAUUGCAGCCAAGAGGAUAUUUUCCAAUGUUGCAGAGCCUGAAUCCAAACACAUUUAUCUUGAAGAUUUGAGGCGAUUUUUGCCAGAUGAUGAGGCUUUGAGGACAAUUCGACUCUUUGAUGAAGCCAGCGAGACCAAAGGAAUCAGCAAACGAGUUCUCAAGAACUGGGUGGUUAAUGUAUUCCGAGAGCGUAGAGCUCUUGCGCUAUCACUCAACGACACAAAAACGGCCGUAGACAAACUCCAUCAGAUGUUGAAUGUGGUUGUCGGAAUCGUAAUAAUCGUGAUUUGGCUUCUAAUACUUCGAGUCGCAACCACCCAUUUCUUCAUAUUUUUAAGCUCGCAGCUAGUUUUGGUAGCAUUUGUGUUUGGAAAUACAUGCAAGACCACAUUCGAGGCCAUUAUUUUCUUGUUCAUAGUUCAUCCGUUUGAUGUCGGCGACCGUUGUGAAAUCGAUGGUGUUCAGAUGAUUGUCGAAGAAAUGAACAUAUUAACAACGAUCUUCUUGAGGUAUGACAAUCAGAAAAUAGCAUAUCCCAACAGUGUCCUGGCCUCUAUGCCCAUCGCUAAUUAUCAUCGUAGUCCCGAUAUGGGCGAUGCCAUCGAUUUCUGUAUUCACGUAUCGACUCCUCCAGAAAAGAUCACUAAAAUGAAGGAGAGAAUUACUAGCUAUGUGGAGAACAAGAGCGAUCAUUGGCAACCUGGACCGAUGAUAGUGAUGAGGGACGUGGAUGACUUGAAUCGGCUCAAGAUAUCGAUAUGGCUUUCGCACCGAAUGAAUUUCCAGGACAUGGGUGAACGAUGGAAACGACGAGCACUUCUAUUGGAGGAAUUGAUCAAGAUUUUUAAAGAUCUCGACAUCGAGUACCGCAUGCUCCCGCUCGACAUCAAUGUCCGCAAUGUUCCCGGCUUGGCUUCAAGUCGGCUUCCCUCGACUUGGACAACUUGUGCAAACUAACCUUCUUCUAUGGUAUCAAGUAUUUACUAAAAAAUCAUACUAGGCAAUAAUUAAGAUGAUUUUUAUACACUUAAAAAAUAUUGUGACAUUGUGAAUAAACAGAAGAGAUGGUUAUAAUCCUUGUACUUGGAUUCACUUUAUUAUAACGCAUGGA